GCACUCGACAGUUACGCUUCCUUCGUCAACAACCUUCAUCAUGGCAACUUCUUCUAUAUACCACGGUGCAGGCUUUGACUUCUCAAACCACGUUCGGAAUUCAUUCUUAGAGGAGAAAGGCGUACAGUUACCCAAGGCGACGAGCACGGGUACGACUAUCGUUGGGUGUAUAUUCAAGGAUGGUGUCGUACUAGGUGCGGAUACGCGUGCGACGGCUGGGAAGAUUGUUGAGGAUAAGAAUUGCGAGAAGAUUCAUUAUAUUACGGAGAACAUUAGGUGCUGUGGAGCGGGUACGGCUGCAGAUACUGAGUUCACUACGGCGAUGAUAUCGAGUAAUAUGGAGUUGCAUGCUUUGUCGACUGGACGGACGCCGCGCGUCGUUACGGCUAUGACGAUGCUCAAGCAGUAUCUCUUCCGAUACCAAGGCUACGUCAGUGCCGCACUCGUUUUGGGCGGCGUCGACAGUACAGGCCCCCACCUCUUCACAGUCGCCCCACACGGCUCAACCGACAAGCUUCCCUACGUAACAAUGGGCUCCGGCUCCCUCGCCGCAAUGUCCGUCUUCGAAUCCUCCUGGAAACCCAACAUGUCCCGCCAAGAAGCCCUCUCACUCGUCGUAGCCGCCAUCUCCGCUGGUAUCUUCAACGACCUCGGUUCCGGUUCAAACGUCGAUGCAUGUGUGAUUACGGCAGACCAUACGGAGAAUAUGAGGAAUUAUGUAAGGCCGAACGAACGUGCUACGAAGGAGAAUGUGUAUAAGUUUAGGAGGGGGACGACGGCGUGGCAGAAGGAGAGUGUGAGGAACCUUGUGGUUGAUGAAGAGGUUGUGUCGUUGCAGACUGCUGGUGGGGAUGAGAUGGAUAUCAGUUAAGCGUGGUGUGUUUGUGUGUUUGGUGUAUUUCAAUGCGUGGCACAAUGAAAUUUUCGUUUCUCGAUUGUAUCAAAC